UUCCAAAGGUGACUCGACAGCAACUCAUGUUUGAUCGCACAGUACUAGAAGUAUCUGUAUUUAUUAUCAAUAGCUUAACAGUUCACUAACAAUGCAGUUACGUGACGGCUAGUUGUUAUCUACAAUCGGACUGUCUUAUUGGAGGCGGUAGGAAACCAAAUUUGUGUACUUAUGCCAGUAGGUAAGAGCGUCCCAGUUUUAUCACCGUAGUAGCCUUCCGGUUUAUGAGCGAUUCAUUUUAAAAAAAUGGUUCUAGUAAUAAACCAGCAAACCUUUGAUGAUGCAGUGAAAGAAAAUAUCUCUGAGUUUGGUAUGGAGAUUCAAGAAGCAAUUAAUGACGCUGUUAAACAAUUCGAAGCACAAGGUGUCGAUUUAAGUAACAUAAUAAAAAACAACUUGCUUUCACCCCAAGUUGAAAGCACACACGAUUUAAAAAAGGCCCUCUCUGUACUACGAGAGCAUACUCAACAAAAAAUUGUGAUUUCCUCUUCCGUAUUACAAGAACAGCUGUCUGUCAUCAAAAACGAAUGUGAUAAGUCAAUACCCCACAGAGUGAUUGCUGGUAAAGAAGGUGCAUAUAGUAUUUUACUACAACUAAUAACCGAUAAAAAUGGUCAAGAAAUUGCAGUCGUGAAAAACAGUUUAGGAGCCUUGCUCUCUUUAAUGACCAAGCAACCUGAUCUAUUAGAAGACACGGGUAUUAGAACAAUUAUUCCUUUGCUUGGUGAAGAAGAUGAUAUCGAAAUGCAAAAGUUGAUCUUGAAGUGGAUCAAGGAGUGCUGUAUAAUGCACGAGAUGAACAGACAAAAAAUAUUCCAAGCUGGUAUUUUGAGCCAUUUAAAGACAUCUUUAGAGAGUGACGAUUCAAGCUUAAUAAGAGAUGUACUCGGUGUCCUACGUGCCUUAGUUCUUGAUGAUGAUGUACGGGUUGAGUUCGGAAAGGCACAUGAUCAUGCACGUGUAAUUGCUAGUGAUACCUUAUCCUCCAUCACUGGGUUACUUACAAAGACAGAAACAGAUGAACCGCUUGUUGGCGAUCUACUAUCCACAAUAUCAGCUUUACUGGUAAGAACCGAGUUUUGCAAAAUAGUAGAAGAAGCUGGAGGACUAGAGGCUAUAAAACAUGCUAUGGUUGUGUUUCAAGACCAAGAUAAAAUUAUGAGGCAGUAUUUUAAAGUAUUGAAAGCAUUGGCUGGAAAUGAUGAAGUGAAAAUUCGUAUAAUUCAAAAUGGUUUGGCUCCAUUACUAAUUGCUUCUUUGGAUAGUAAUAAGAAUUCCAAUUUAACUGCGACGGUCGGGUUAGGUUGUAUAGCAGCCUUGACGUUAAGAUCUACAGAGAACAGCAAGGCUUUCUUUGAUUCCGGUGCUCCUGAAGUAAUAUACGACUGCAUGACUAUUCAUCCCGACGAUGCCAGCGUACAAAAAAAUGCGAGUUGGGCUAUUAGAAAUAUGGUCUCCAGAAGUCGUUACCAAAGUCAGAAGUUCUUAGAUGUCGGAGUGGAGAUGAUAUUGCAGAGAAAUUUGAAAAGAUUUCCUAAUCAUGAAUUUGAUACAAAAUCUGCUUUACGCGAUUUGGGCUGCGAUGUGAAUUUGAAAGAAGAGUGGACUGGAUCUGGUGGAUUAUUAACGACACAAUCUAAGAAAAACGUAUCUUAAUGCAGCAAUUUUUAUAAUCAUUUUAUACCUUUGUAUUAUUUUUACUGGUGAAAUAAUUUGUACUAACUUAUUAAGACUUUUCAGUAAUAAAUUGUGAUAACAA